AUGGCAAAGAUUAUUGUUAUCGUAAUGCUAGUUUUUGUGUCAAUGGCCGGCUGGAUGAACGGUGCUGACACUGGCUCUAUUUCUGGUGUUACUCAUAUGCGUGAUUUUCAAUCCAAAUUUGCCGAUCACUAUGAUCAAAAGACAGAUAGCUAUUCUUACUCUUCGGCUCGCCAGAGUCUCAUUACUGGCAUGAUCAACGUUGGGUCGUUUACUGGUUGCUUCCUGUCGGCUCCGUUAGCAGACGCUGUUGGAAAACGUUAUUCGAUAUUUAUUUGGUGCAUUGUUUACCUUAUUGGAGUCAUUGUGCAAAUGACUGCUUCUUCCUCAUGGAUUCAGAUUGUCAUUGCUAAAGUUUGGACUGGCUUUGCAGUCGGCGCUACGUCGGUGAUUGCCCCAGGAUACCAAUCUGAAGUUGCUCCAGCUUCCAUGCGUGGAGCUAUUGUUACAACUUACCAAUUGUUUAUUACGGCUGGUAUUUUCGUUGCUGCUUGUAUCAACAUGGGUACGCAUAAUUACAAGCAUCACAAGUCAGCUUCAUGGAGAGUUUCCAUGGGAAUGAAUUUGUUGUGGGGUCUCAUCACCUUGAUUGGAAUUACUUUUCUCCCCGAGUCUCCCCGGUAUUUGAUAGCUAUUGGUAAGGAUCAAGAGGCUUUAAAAAUUAUGAGUAAAAAUAACGAUCUUCCAUCAGACCAUGAAGCAAUUCAAGCUGAAUAUCAUUUGAUUAAAUCCGAUUGCCAAGUCGAAUUGGCUGGUGGACCAGUGAAAUGGCAUGAGAUUUUUGGAAAAGACAUUCGUUUUCGUACGUCCCUCGGAUUUGCUGUCAUGUCUUUUCAGCAACUCACAGGCGCCAACUAUUAUUUUUAUUAUUGCACCCAAGUCUUUAAAAACAGUGGAAUAAGUUCACCCUACUCUGCGGCUUGUAUCUUAGAUGGGGUUAAUCUUUUCUGUACUUUUUUUGCUAUGUUUGUACUUGACCAUUUCGGACGCCGUUUGCCUUUGAUAGUGGGAGGUAUUUGGCAGUCUGUUUGUUUCUUUAUUUAUUCUGCAGUCGGUGAUAAGGCUUUGACCCGUGACGAUGGAAGUUCCAACCAACACGCAGGUGCGGUACUAAUUGCAUUUUCUUGCUUUUUUGUUGCCAGUUUUGCUGUAACAUGGGCUCCGGCUGCAUACGUUAUUGUUGGUGAGUCCUAUCCUGUGCGUUACCGCUCAAAGUGCGCCGCACUUGCUACCUCUGGAAACUGGCUUUUUGACUUCUUAGUUUCAUUUUUCACUCCAUACAUUACCAAUAUAAUUGGCUUUAAAUAUGGAUACGUCUUUGCAGUUUCUAAUUUGAUCGGUUCAGUUAUCAUCUUUCUCUUUGCCCAUGAGACAAAAGGUCUCACUUUAGAAGAAGUCAAUCUUGUUUACUCUUCAAACUUGAAGCCAUGGCGCUCACGUCCAAAAGAGCUUGGUGGUUACUCAAAGGACCAGCAAGAAGCAAUGGAAAAAGCAAAUACUGGUGUAUGUGGGGAAUCCUUCGACCACUAUGAGUAUACUCCUAAUACUAUAUCUCCUACCGAGUCUUCUUUAUUUCAUAAAAAAGAUGAGCAAUUGAACAACGAGAAAGAAUAG